CUCCAACCACUUCUUCACGGAAAAGGUAUUUCUCAGUUAAGCUUGACAGCAAUAGCUAUCGCCAUGGGUCUCUACACGAUACUCCCCGACGAGCUCCAUGACGUGGAUAUCGUUGUUGCUGGAGGAGGAGCUGCUGGCUGUGUCAUUGCUUCGAGGCUAGCGGAUGCUGAUACGAACUGCACCAUUCUCCUAAUCGAAGCUGGCUCUGACAAUCAGGACCAGCCAGCAAUCACCCGCCCAGCCUUGUAUAAAGGCAACUUCAUGCCUGAUAGCAAAAGCAUCCAGAUCUUCAUGCCCGUGCCGGAAGAGCAAUUGAGCGGGAGACGUGCAAUGGUGAUGGCAGCUAGCGUCCUUGGAGGUGGAUCAUCUAUCAAUGGGGCAAUCUACAAUCGGGCCCAGCGAGACGAUUUUGAUUCUUGGAAAACUCCAGGUUGGUCAGCUGAUGACCUCCUCCCGUAUCUGACCAAGCUCGAGAAAUAUGAAGGCCAGGGCGAUUCAGAAUGUCACGGUACAAGCGGGCCUAUCAAUGUCUCCAGUGGAACAUACGCCUCGAAUGACAUGGCAGAUGACUUUACGUCCGCCAUGAACGAGAUAGGAUACCCAACUGUUCGAGACUUGCAGGACUUUGUUAUGGCCAAUGGAGUUUCGCGUUCUUACAGCUUCAUAUCCUCACAAACCGGUCGGAGACAAGAUAGCGCGACGACGUAUUUGCACCCUCGCCUCAAGGACGGCAAACAUCCGAACCUCCACGUGCUGGUUGAAUCACAGAUUGUCCGCAUCCUCCUUGAUGAAGACAAACGUGCUAAAGCGGUAGUAUACAGGCCAAACCCUCAACAUCACGGGGACGAAGCAGCGCAGGUUAGACAUACCGUCAAUGCUCGGAAACUUGUAGUACUGUCAGCUGGAACUCAUACCUCGCCAUCCAUACUUGAACGAUCUGGGGUUGGGAGCAGCGAGAUUCUCAAAAAGGCAGGGGUGCCCCUGGUCCAUCAUCUACCAGGUGUGGGACACGACUAUCAAGACCACCAGAUGAGCGUCUAUACCUACAAGUCAAAUAUGAGGCCUGAGGGAACUCUUGAAAGUCUGGUGGACGGCACGAGAGAUGUUGAGCAGCUGUUGUUGGACGAUGACAACUUCUUGGGCUGGAAUGGCAUCGAUGCGGGGGCCAAGUUUCGACCUACCGAGUCGGAAGUUGGUACCUUGAGUCGCGAGUUCCGGGAUGCGUGGGAUAGGGAUUUCCGGAAUGCUCCCACUCGACCGCUGGCAGUGAUGUUUGCGGUUAACGGAAUCCUCGGCGAUCCCAGUCCAUUCCUGCCCGGCCAAUUCUUCUCUUUGGCCUGUUUCACUUCAUAUCCAUACUCCAGGGGUCACUUGCAUAUUACCGGCCCGGAGAUUGGAGACCCUCUGGACUUUCGGACUGGAUAUUUGUCUGACCCAAACGACAUUGAUUUAGCCACGCAAGUCUGGCUGUACAAGACGCAACGUCAAGUGGCACAAAACAUGCGGUUCUACAAGGGCGAAAGUCAUUUACACCCUCAAUUCUCACCUGAAUCGACUGCUGCAAGGCUUACGGAGGCCUCCAUGGACAAGGCAAAAUUACCAAUCGAGUACUCUCGUGAAGACGAUGAGGCCAUCAAAAAGUUCAUUCGUCAGAAUGUGGGUACGACUUUCCACUCCAUCGCCACCUGCAAAAUGGCCCCAGUUGAACAGAUGGGCGUUGUGGACAAAGACCUGAAUGUCCACGGCGUCCAGGGGUUGAAGGUGGCUGAUUUGAGUAUUGCCCCAGAGAAUGUUUCGGGCAAUACUAUGAGCACUGCUGUCAUGAUUGGCGAGAAGUCGGCAGAUAUUAUCAUCAAAGAGUUCAAGCUUGGGUUAGCUUGAGAGAUGAGGAAAUGUAUAAGUUUAUGGCGUUCGAUGUCGACAGAUGGAUAGUGAAUUCCGUAUACGAGUAUAACAUGGAUGCUGAGAAACGCAUUAGCCGUGACGUGCUUGAGACAAGAGAGGACAGGGGAUUGUUUCAGGCGGUGACAAAGCCUAGAGGCCUCCAGUUGAGGUGGUGGUGUUAUAGGGGGUAUAGGCGGCAUAUUGGGUUUCUCAGUCCUUAUAUAAGUGUCUAUUUAGGUACCGGCUUAAG